AGAAGUGUGUGACAAUAAUAAAAUGUUGGGUUUGUAACCAAACAGAGAAUCUCUGAAAUGGUCCAAAUGACCACACACCACUUCUCUAUUUGUCCGCCACCACUUCCUCGAUCACCAGUGCCACUCCUCCUCCUCUCUGCGCUCCCAACGCUGCAAUAACACGCUCACUCUCUUUCUUCAUUCUUCUCUUCCCUUUCGCGCCAACUCUGAUCGGUGUUCCUUCCCUCCUUCUGCCUCCUCCUCCCGCCUCAGAUGCAGACUCUCCCUCCCUUCUCUUGCAUCAGAGGCUCCCCAUGGAUUUUCCUCCCGCCCUCAAUCUCCUUACCGAAUUCGGUUGCGGCUUCGUCCUUCUCCGCUCCCUCUCCCGCAUCUUCAAUCUUCUAGGCCUCUUUCUGAUGCUCACAUUCUGCUUCAAGGUUAUGUGCUUCGGUUGGAACUCCAAGAACGCCCUUCGCUUCCUCUGCGACUCCGGCGGCGUCCCCAGAAUCCGCUUCUGCCUCGACAAAGUCGUUUUGGAAAAAGUCUCCAAAGCGAAGACCAAACCUUUGAAAAAACCACGCCACCCCACUUCGAGCUCUUCCUUCCGGAGGCGCCCCGGUGGGUCCGGGGAGAGAGGGAACGCGGUUUCCGAUGAUGGGUCGGAGGGGAAGGGGGAGAACGAGAGAGAGGGUGGCAAUGAGGACGAGGUGUUCGACGUAAUGACGCUUAGAAGAAUGGUGAGGAUGGAGCGGCAGAAGGCCAAUGCGGCGUGCGCGGAUCUCGAGAAGGAGAGGACGGCGGCCUCCUCGUCCGCGGAGGAGGCGAUGGCAAUGAUCCUGCGGCUGCAGAGCGAGAAGAGCGCUGCGGAGAUUCAGGCCACGCAGUUCCGGCGGAUGGCGGAGCAGAAGCUGGAUUACGAUAAUGAAGUGAUUGAGUCGUUGCAGUGGACGAUCACGCAGCACGAGUUUCAGAAGUGUGAGGUGGAGGAUCGGAUAGAGAUGUGUAGGGAGGAACUGAGGCAGUUUAUGAGGGAUGAGGAAAUAGACCGAAUUGAAGAUGAAGUGAGUAGGAGUUUUAUGUAUGAUAAUGAAAAUGAUAAUGAUGAUCCUGAUGGUAAUUCAGUAGGUAGCUCUCCCGAAACCGAAUCACAGACCUUGUAAGUUUUGAAAGGACUUGAAUUGCAAGGAUCUGAUUCGGAUGCUUGCGGGACAACAAUAUAUGAGCCAUUUAGCCACAAGGUUUAGGUUUACUUGUGCAAUUUCUGUUGAAUGAAUUACUUUGAAACACUUGUCACUGCAAGGAUUAUUUGCAGUGGACAUAAUAAACUUGCCUUAACUUCCAGGUUUACUUGUGUAAUUUUGUGAUAAACUUUAGUGGAGCAGUUCAAAUUGUAAAGGCCUCUCACUUGGGAGUGUUAUGUUGUCAGUUACUGACAAUAACUUAUUGUUAGGAUUACAUGAUCAGGUACUGUAUAUGUAAUGUACCUUCUCUGGGGUUGUGUUU